AUGGGCGUGCAGAAGAAUCAAAAUACUGGUGCUCUAACAGCUGAGCAUUAUCAUCGGCAUCGGCAGCAGUUGGCCCAGAAAGGGACCAUCAAAAAGCAUCAUGCCAUCUCCACCAAGAACAACAUCAAAGGGAUAAAAAACGGUGGAAAAAGUAAGUUUCUCUCAAUCGACGACAUCACCUUUGUCGGUGAGCUAAUCUGUUCUAGGUUCUGUGAGUUGAUGAAUGAAGAUCCUCUAGCCUUUCUCCAGCACUGCUCCAAAGAGGACAUCAUGACCUUCUGGAAAUGGAUAUUGGAUCAAUACAAAGUACGGAAGAAAAGUACACUCCACGAAUAUUGGAGGGUUUGGCGCAUGCUCUAUCGGCGGUGUGUUGGCCGAAGCUUGCAUGCGAAGAUAGCUGCGGAUAUCAACGACUACAUUGACGAGGACCUUCGACAAUCAUACAAUCUCGAUCUCACAACGCGGGAGAAACCGGUGAUGAAUGUCGAUGACGUUUUCUUGAUUCUCCAUCACCACUGGGUUAUGGACACUGCCACUUUCCCGGAUGGCCGUCAACGGCUACAAGUUCCUUUCCUUAUACUUACCUCCGCAUACACCGCAACUCGGCCAGGUGUAUUAGUGUACGUGCCGAAGAAUGAAAAAAAGGACAAAGGUUACUGCAUCAGCGAGAAUGACGAAGACGAGGAAGAAGAAGAAGAAGAAGAAGACACCAUAGAUUGUGAGUGGGACAACGAACAGGCUAAGACACUCUGUUAUGGCGACGUUACACUGUUCUUACUCCCUAAUCCUGAUGGGAUUCAGGAUCUUUUGGCCAUGGAAAUCGAUGUCCACCAUACCAAAGGACAUCAGAGGAAGCCCAAGCGCAAAAUCUUCGUCUUCUCUGAAGCUGACAAUCUCAUAUUUGACCCCGUUCUCCUCAUGAUCGUUUUAGCACUAGUAGAUAAUGCUUUCGAAUCCAACAUCAGAUCAGUCAGGGAUAUCUUCCGAACCAGGGUUCGCCCUCCUCGCCGAAGUUUGCAGUUACGAUAG